GGAGAAAGUACCCUCGUUUAAAACAGGUGGAAUACUAUGGUAUACGGAUUUAACAACUCCUAACUACGUGGAGCUUCCAAUCCUUGUCGCAUUGACAUAUUGGGCUAGGGCGAAAUUGGAUCCAAUUCAAUUUAUUGAAGACGUGACACCUCACAAAUUUAGAUCUUUCAAAUAUGCCGCAAUAGAAUAAGCUGUCAUUGUCGCUGGCGCUGCAGGAUUACCCACGGGCACUUUUUAGCGAUCACCUACAACCUCACUUCAAUAGCAUAUGCAAAUGGUCAGUUCUCUUUCUGUUCUUCUUUAUUAGUUUUUUUAUUUUGUUACAUGUAUUUUGAUCUGUUUAUGAUGCUGUUUUCUCAGUGAUGAUUCACCCUCGAGUUCAGAAAUUGUUGGGGAUGUCAUUCACCAUACUGCCUUAGCUUCGAUUGUUUGACGUGCAUUAACUGAUGUAAUUAAAUAUCAGUCUUGCAGAUAUGGUCGAUUUCAUUUACUUGGACAGACAUGCUCACAUAUACAUUCCUCUUGUAUUUUCUUUUGCGUUUUAGGCAUGGUGAAAAACGUACCCUCUUUUACAACAGGUGGAACAUUAUGGUUUACUGAUUUAACAACUUCCAAUCCUUAUGGCUUUGACACUUUUGGUUAGAAUGGAAUUGGAUCCAAUACGAUAUGUGCAACCGGACAUGAAAUCUCGUACAAUGGCAGCUCGUGCUGCGGUAAUAUACCUUGGCGCUGUUGCUGCAGGAUUCCCCACGGCUAUAUACUAUUCUUGGAUCACCUCUAACCUCUUUUCAAUAGCAUAUGGAACUGUUGUGAUUCACCCUCGAGUUCAGAAAUUGUUGGGGAUAUCAUUGGAGAUACCUUAUUCAGCUAGAAAAUAGACAUCAUGAAAUUAUA